UUUAAAAUUAAUUUUUUUUUUUUCUUUUAAUAUUUCUAAUCAUCAAUCUGUAUGAACGGACCCCUGACAAAGAAAGCUAUUAUCUGCACAUGCGUAUUUGUAAAUCUGCACAGUCUGCGCAGUAAAAAACUGGCUAAAGAAAGCAUCAAUUAAACAAUUUUUCGAACUUUAAUCAACCAUAGUUGAUUGGGAUAGUACAAAAAAUUCCUGAAUUUUUCCUAAAACUAUAUAAACAUUAUCAGCUUUAGCAUUCAGCUUUUUUAUUUAAUCUAAAAUGUCAGGCAAAAUCGUCAACAGUUAUCGUCAAUAUUUAUUCAUUUAUUCAAUAUCCAUUCGCUUGGUUUUAUUGUUAUCGUUUGGCUUUUUUUCACGAGGUUUGUGAAUAACGGAUGAAAUUUGAUUGGUGUAAUUUAUUAUAAAAAAAAAUAUCAUAUAAAAUAGUGAGACAAAAAAGAAUUACAAUUCCUACAUAAUAGUUAGUCAACGUUUGAAUGAAAAGAAAACAUACACCGCGCAUGAGCCAGCGAUUAAUUCAACUGUUUUCUGAGAUUACAGUAUACAAGUGCCUCUCACAAAGUAUUCCAUGCCUUUUUACAAAAAAUUUUGUAUCAGAUAAAGCUUGUUGCACAGCUAUCAUCGUAUAACAUAUAUAUAUAUAGUUCACCAAAAAACGUGAUAACAUGCCAAUUAUUUCAGUUUUUUAGACACUAUUUGGCUAGUGGCUUUAACAUCAUUAACUCGCGUGUACUAUAGAUAGAAAUGAGAAUAAAAUUUCUCAUAGUUUUUUCGACAGCAGAUAACGAAUUUAUUCAAUAGACACAAGUAAGGCUUUAUAUAUCACAAAGAUCGCUUUAUAUUUCAAUAAGCUGAACUACUCUGUGAAAUUAUCGGAGAUAUUGAAAAAACUUUGUUGUAAAUGAUGGAUCGAUCUCAUAAGUCUUCGUACCUUGCUCCACUACGUACGGCAUUUAGCGACAGCCAAAGCUGUAUGAAUGAUGUCGACAUAAAACCUGAAACGACGGUACAAAAAUAUGUGGUGCAGAAAAUGUAUGAAUUUCCCAAACGUCCGGAAAUUGAUCUCUCUUUCAACAAUAUUCGAUAUCAAAUUAAACAAUGGAGUUUCAAAACAGUUAAGCCAAAAGUCAAAGAAAUCCUUCAUAGCAUUAGUGGAGAAUUUCGUGCUGGAGAAUUGACGGCAAUAAUGGGCCCUUCUGGUGCAGGCAAAUCAACGCUGUUAAACGUCUUGGCUGGGUUCACGGUUCGAGGAGUUUUGGGUGAAGUUUAUGUGAAUGGAAAACGGCGUAUGCCAUACAGUGAAAAAUGGAAAAAAACUUCUUCCUAUAUUUUGCAAGACUCGUUGCCAAGAACGAAAUUGACGGUGGGAGAAGCAAUGACUCUCGCUGCUAAUCUAAAACUAGGUUACACGAUAAGUACAACACUAAAACAUUCACAAGUUUUGAAUCUCUUGGAAAUGCUUGGUCUGAACCAUUGUUUCAAUACACUAUGCGGUCGUUUGUCCGGUGGACAGAAAAAAAGAUUGGACAUUGCGUUUGAACUUCUGAGCAAUCCUUCAGUGUUAUUUUUGGAUGAGCCUACAACUGGUCUCGACUCAGCAUCGUGUAGUUCUUGUAUUGCUUUGUUGAAAAAAUUGUCUGCUGAAGGACGUACUGUUAUCUGUACCAUUCACCAACCAAGUGCUCUUCUGUUUGAAAUGUUUGAUUCACUCUACGCAGUAGCUGAUGGUCAUUGCAUUUAUCGCGGUUCAAUAACAUCCUUGUUGCCUCACUUGACAUCGGUAGGCGUAAAUUGUCCUCCAUACCACAACCCAGCAGAUAUUUUGAUUGAAGUCGCAAUCGGUGACUAUGGAGUUGGAAUUGACAAAUUGACAAUAGCAGCCGAAAAAAUUUGGACAGAUCGAAAGACAACUACUAGCGAAAAUAAAACGAUAAAUACUUCUAUAAAUGAGCCUCCAGCACCUGCUGGUUUUUUAGCACAAUGUUAUUUACUUUAUAAACGCCAUCUUAUGUCCCUGAGACGAGACAAUAAUUUACUCAUCGUUCGCCUUUUUUGUCAUUUGAUGAUUGGUAUUAUUUUUGGAUACUUAUAUAUGGGAAGUGGACUCCGAGCUAAUGGUGUUCUGGCUAAUUAUGUUUACCUUUAUGGAUCAUUAUUACUGAUCGUGUACACGGGUAAAAUGGCAGUGACACUUGCUUUUCCAUUAGAAAUGCAAAUUUUGAAAAGAGAGCAUUUCAAUCAAUGGUAUAAGCUAGCUCCGUACUAUAUAAGCUUGUUACUGGUCGAAAUACCUUUCCAAGCUGCUUGUGCUGCAACAUAUUUGGCAGUAAGUUACUGGCUCACAACACAACCUAUGGAGACACAUCGGAUAGUAUAUUUUAUGGUAGUCAGCAUAGCUGCAAGUCUUACAGCCCAGGCAUGGGGCUUCUUCAUCGGUGCUACAACUCCUGUGAAGAUCGCCGUGUUUGCUGGCCCAGUAAUUGCGGUUUUAUUCUCUGUCUUCGGUUUUUGCAUACGUUAUAUGGACACACCAGUCGGUUUCCGUUGGAUUUUUCACAUUUCUUAUUUUAGAGCUGGAUUUCAUAGUUUGAUUUUUACUGUAUAUGGUUUUGGAAGAGAUAAGCUUGCUUGUGGCGAAAGCGAUCAGUAUUGUCAUUAUGCUCAACCAGUCAAAUUCCUGGAAGAAAUGGAAAUCGACCAAACUAAUGUCGUUAACAACUUAGUACUUAUAAUUGGCGUUGGGGUUCUCAUGCAUUUGUUGACAGCAAGUGCUCUGUGGUGUAAAUUAAACCGCAGAUAGAAAUAUAGUUCAGUUUCCUUAGGAAGUUAUAUUGCAUAAUCAAGACGUGACACAACUUGCAAUCUUAUUAUUAUUAUUAUUAUUAUUAUUAUUAUUAAUAUUAUUAUUACAUCUAAAAAUUUGUAAUGUGUAUACAAGAAUAAAACCAAAAUUUUUAUAUAAUCUUUUGAUAAUUAAAUAAAAAAGUUCAAAUUCAUGAUUUGGACUACUUGCAAUUUUUGAAUAAAUUGUCGUUUUACUGAUCUACGAUAUUUCGAUCAAUGAUUAUUAAUUGUAAAU